CGUGUCUCUUCGCAUUUAGUAUCGUGCGAUCCACCGAAGCCGGCCAGUGAUCCACGAACGAGCGUCGUCAGCAGUUGGAACGCAGCAAGGGAGCACCGCACAAUGUUGAAGCUGGUCAGAUCGGCCGUAACCAAGGCCCAAAGGUGCGGCUACGCCUCACAGCCUUUGCCCACACCUAAGCCUAAUCCUGAAGUCCUCUACACCGGGCUGUUCAUCAACAAUGAAUGGCGCAAAUCGUCGGAGGGUCAGACUUUCAAGACAAUCAACCCGGCGACCGGUGAGGUGAUCGCCGACGUUCAGAGGGGCACCAAGCAGGACAUCGACUUGGCCGUGGAUGCUGCCGCCAAAGCGUUCAAGUGGGGAUCCCCCUGGAGGACAAUGGACGCCUCGGAAAGGGGACGUCUCAUUUACAAACUGGCCGAUUUGAUUGAGAGGGACGCCGAGUACAUUGCUUCCCUGGAAACAUUGGACAAUGGCAAACCCUUCAACCUGUCCUACCCCAUCGACGUAGCCGGCUCCAUCAAGGCCCUGCGCUACAUGGCCGGCUGGGCCGACAAGGUGCACGGCAAGACCAUCCCCCUCGACGGCAAAUUCCUCUGCCAAACACGUCUCGAACCGGUCGGCGUGUGCGGCCAGAUCAUCCCCUGGAACUUCCCCCUGCUCAUGUUCGCCUGGAAAAUUGGACCAGCCCUCGCCAUGGGUAACACCAUCGUCAUGAAGCCGGCCGAACAGACCCCCUUAACUGCCCUGUACGUCUCACAGCUGGCCAAGGAGGCCGGAUUCCCCGAGGGUGUCCUCAACGUGGUGCCCGGCUUCGGCGACGCCGGAGCGGCCCUAGUAGCCAACCCCAAGGUGGAAAAAAUCGCCUUCACCGGCUCCACAGAGGUCGGACUGAAGAUCCAGCAGGCGUCCGGCGCCACCAACUUGAAGCGCACCACUCUGGAGCUCGGUGGCAAGAGCCCCAACAUCAUCCUCGCCGACGUGGACAUCGAGCAUGCCGUCGAGUCCGCUCACUUCGGUCUGUUCUUCAACCAAGGGCAGGUGUGCUGCGCCGGCUCCAGGACUUUCGUCCAAGACAAGAUCUACGAUGAAUUCGUCGAGAGGUCCGUCGAACGUGCCAAGAAACGUAAGACCGGAGACCCCUUCCACCCAGAGACCGAACACGGCCCACAAGUCGACGAGGCUCAAAUGAAGAAGAUCCUGGGACUCAUCAAAGAGGGUGUCAAGGAUGGAGCCAAGCUCCUGGUUGGAGGUGAACGCCACGGCGACAAGGGCUACUUCGUGCAACCCACCGUCUUCAGCCACGUCGAGGACCACCACACCAUCGCCAAGGAAGAAAUUUUCGGACCCGUACAACAACUGAUGAAGUUCAGCGACUUGGAGGAGAUCAUCGAACGUGCCAACAACACCAACUACGGCUUGGCCGCCGCCGUCUUCUCCAAGGAUUUGGACAAAGUUAACUACUUGACCCAGGGACUCAGGGCUGGUACCGUUUGGGUCAACACCUACAACAUUUUGGGUGCCCAGUCGCCGUUCGGUGGCUUCAAAGAUUCCGGACACGGCAGAGAAAUGGGAGAGUACGGUCUUCAGCAAUAUUCCGAAGUUAAAAGUAUUAUCACCGCUGUGCCCGUCAAGAGCUCUUAAGUUUAAGGCAACUUCUCUAUGUUCAUGUUUUUUGUUAUUUGUUUAUCUGUAUUUUUACUAUUAUUUCUAAUAAAAAUAAUCUAAGAUAGG